GGCAGGGGCAGCAAGAUGGGAUCACAGAGGCGGGUCCUCCUAUCCUUGUUGCUGUGGGUCUCAGGUGCCCAUGGGGACAUCACGAUGACUCAGUCUCCAGGCUCCCUGGCUGUGUCUCCAGGUCAACAGGUCACCAUGAACUGCAGAGCCAGUCAGAGUGUUUACAGCAAUGUAGCCUGGUACCAGCAGAAAUGUGGGCAGGCUCCCAGGCUCCUCAUCUAUGGUGCAUCCAGGAGGGCCACGGGCAUCCCAGACCGGUUCAGUGGCAGUGGGUCUGGUACAGACUUCACCCUCACCAUCAGCAACCUCCAGGCCGAAGAUGUGGGAAACUACUACUGCCAGCAGGAUAAUAACUAUCCGCCCACAGUGCUUCAGCCUCGAACAGAAACCUGCUCCUCGGGGCCACGGGUCAUGGAGGAUUUCCUGCACCAGCUGCUUCCUCUUCGCUCAGCCCUGAACAUACAAAACCCCAGGCUGCUCUCAACAUCCUUAAAGGCAGCUAUCAGGGCCCCCGAGGAGCAGCCUCUAGUCCAGCUCUCCAAGAUGGGGUCUGUGGCUCCCCUGCUAUGGAUCAUGCUGCUCUGGGCUUCAGGCUGCACUGGAGACAUUGUGCUGAUUCAGUGUCCAGCCUCUUUGACCGUGUCGCCAGGGCAGAGGGCCAUCAUCUCCUCUUCUACAGGUGGAAGGACCCCAGGGACUUCUAAGCCAGGACUCCCUCACCCACGAGCUGCUGAUUUGCUUCUUCCUCUGCAACCACAAAACCCUUGGAAUUGGAUGUGGGUGGGAACUCAACUGUCUCACCCUCAGAGGCUCUGGAGACCUAAGGUGCAGCCCAUUACUGUUGCCAGCAGGGGGCAACCACCUACCCACAGUGUUGGAAACAGCAACAAAAACUCCAGCUGUGGGCCCAGCUGUGCUCCCUCUGAUACCCUGAAGGUCAUGGUCUCUGCUUCUGAGUCUGGGAGACCUCACCAUGGCUAUCUGUGGUGCCUGGGCUUGGCUGACUGUAGAAGACGCUUGGAUUUCAGAGGGAAGAGGAGGAGCAGGGUCUGGGUAAUGGGUUGGUUCUCAAAGGGCUCCGUUUUGGCGGCAGCCUGGGUUGUGAAGGGAAAGGUGCAGGUGUGA